AGUCGAGCAGGAGCGCGGGGUGCGGAGAGCCGCGCGCGUGGAGAGAGUCCCGGGCGGGCGCCGCGGGACCUCGCCCUGCCAUGGCGCCCCCUGUCAAAGGGAAAAGGAAGCAGUCAGAGGAAGGGGACCCCCUAGACCCACCUGCGUCCCCUAAGCCCUGUGGUGAACACAGCAGGAGCCAGAGCCCCGUCGGACUGGAGGACUCCCCCGAGACAGGCGGGGAGCGGGAGGAGGAACAGGCCUUCCUGGUCAGCCUCUACAAGUUCAUGAAGGAGCGACACACGCCCAUCGAGAGGGUGCCCCAUCUCGGCUUCAAGCAGAUCAACCUCUGGAAGAUCUACAAGGCCGUGGAGAAGCUGGGGGCGUAUGAGCUGGUGACUGGCCGCCGCCUCUGGAAGAACGUGUACGACGAGCUGGGGGGCAGCCCGGGCAGCACCAGCGCCGCCACGUGCACGCGCCGCCACUACGAGAGGCUGGUCCUGCCUUACGUGAGACACCUGAAAGGCGAGGAUGACAAGCCGCUGCCUUCCUCCGAGCCCAGGAAACAGUACAAGGUGGCCAAGGACUCGCGGGGCGGUGACAGGGCCCCAGAGAGGCCGAAGAAGGCGGCCGCAGCGGCGGCAGUGGCAGAGAGGCAGGUGGACCAGGUGAUGCCAGGAAAGACCAAGGCCGAUGCCACUGAGCUGGUACGCUUUUCCAGCCAGGAGCCUCCCAGGGACAGCACAGAACAGCUGAGCCCAGCCCCGGGGCCCGCUCUGCCCUAUGUGGGUGCCAGCAGCUGCCCUGAGGCCUACAAGCGACUCUUGUCCAGCUUCUACUGCAAAGGGACACACGGCAUCAUGUCACCGCUGGCCAAAAAGAAGCUCCUGGCCCAGGUGAGCAAGGCGGGGGCCUUGCAGUGCCAGGAGGAAGGCUGCCGUCAUGGUGCUGGGGGCCCCAGCGGGGAGCCCCAGGGGACCCCAGUCUUCCGUCUCUCUGAGAGUCCCCGGAGCCCGAGCAGGCCGCCUGAGAAUUCGGGCCAUCGGCUGAGCCCACAGGAGGGACCACAGGCCCCUGGAGGCAGCCCCAGGGAGGAGGCGCAGGCGGGCCCGGUGGUCACGGGCUGUUUCCACGCCUACCCCGCCGAGGUGCUGAAGCCCGUCAGCCAGCAUCCCAAAGACUUCUUCGCCAGCCUCAAGGAUCCCGGGGUGCUGCUGGGGCCUCCCGGCCAAGAGGAGGGGCCGCCGGCCAGAGAGCCUCGGCCGAUGUGGGGCGGGGAUGCCAGCCGGCCUUCGGCGUUCCACAGAGGCAGCUCCGCAAGGGGCAGCUUCUACCCCAAGCCCAAAGCCUGCUGGGUGUCCCCCAUGGCCAAGGCGCCCGCAGAGAGCCCUGUGCCCCCGCCCGCGCCGCGCAGCAGCCCAGGCCUUGGCAGCAAGCGCAGCCUGGAGGACGAGGGCUUCGCCCGCGCUGGCAAGAAACUGCGGGCAGUGUCUCCGUUCCUGAACGAGGCGGACGCCAAAGAGGGAGGGGCCAAGGCCGCUGGGGGCGUGGCCGUCUCCUGCUUGCUGGGCCCCGCCCUAGGGCCUGCGCCCCCGGAGGCCUACAGGGGCGCUACGCUGCGCUGCCCGCUCAGCUUUGCCUGCGCCCCAGACCCCGUGAAGGGCCAGCUCGCCCUGCCCUUCAGCCCCUUGGUCAUCCCGGCCUUCCCAGCCCACUUCCUGGCCACGGCGGGCCCCUCGCCCAUGGCUGCUGGCCUGAUGCCUUUUCCGCCUGCAGCCCUGGACGGUGCUCUCCGCCACAGACUGGGCCCGGCUCCGGCUGCCUGGCCCGUGCCUCCCGUGGCCACCUACGCUGCGCCCCACUUCUUCCACCUCAACACCAAGCUGUAGGUCAGAGCCCACGGGCUGCGCUGAGCACCCCCUGGCCUGCCCUGCGUGCUCUGGGCCGGCGGGAUGCUGGCAGCCAGGGAGACACUGGGAAAGCUGACUUGGGCUCAGCGAAGUGGCGCAAGCCCAGGGGGCUGGCACGGAGUGGGCAGCUCACAGCUGGCGGCCCCAGAGCAGAGGCCGGUGGGGAUGGGGGUGGGGUGAGGGUCCGAGGAGCCGGGCAGCAGCUGGGGCAUCCAGGCUGUCUCUGGGAAAACGCAAUAAAGACUCGAGUGUGCUUCUGCCCAG